AAACAGUCGCUACUAAUGCAUCCAGUUGACAACAUGUGGGGCUUUACUAAAAUAUUUUUAAUCCUGGUGUUGAUGAAGAGCUGCUAUGCAGCACCCGCAGCCUCUUCAGAGCGUGUUGAAACCGAUCCCAUGCUUAUAGCUGGAUACACCGAAGGCGAUAUGAUUCUGAGCAAGGACAGAAAUGGAUUGAUCAGUGAAACUUAUCGCUGGCCCAAUGGCACUGUGUACUAUUAUUUCAAUAGCGAUAUAGAUCAGGAGCAACGUAAUCUCAUUCAGCAAGCGUUUCGCACUAUCGAGUCGGUUUCUUGUGUCGUCUUCAAGGAAGCCACGCGCGAUCAGCCUGGCUAUUUGAAUAUCACCUCGGACAAAGUGGGCUGUUUCGCCGAAGUGGGCUACCUAGGCCGUCCACAAGAGCUCAAUUUGAUGAAAAAUGAUUGUUUCAGUCUGGGCAUCAUUGUGCAUGAGGUUCUGCAUUCCUUGGGUUUUCACCAUCAGCAAUGUACUUGGAAUCGUGAUGAAUACGUUCGAAUACACCUUGAGAACGUAAAAAAGGGCCUGGAAUACAAUUUCCACAAGUACAACAAAGACACAGUGGACAAUUUCGGCGAGGAAUAUGACUACGGCAGCAUCAUGCACUACAAGUCAAAUGCAUUCUCCAAGAAUGACAAACCGACCAUUGUGCCGUUGAUCAAGGGCUACGAGAAGUUAAUCGGAACUCGACUGCAAUUGAGCUUGACUGAUAUUAGAAAAUUGAAUGCUAUGUAUAAGUGUUACGGAAAAGUUUGGAGCCUUGCACAAUUGCAUGAGCUAAAUUGA